GCACGCCGGGCGGCGAUGGGCGGAGGGAGUGAGCGAGAGGGAGACGGGGAGCGAAAGCAGCCCGUGCCGUGACUGUGCCCGCGUCCGUACUGUGCCCGGGGCCGUGCCUCGCCGCGGGGAGGGAGCGACGCGAUGAUGCCGGGGCGGCGGCUGUGAGCGGCGGCCGCGAUGGGCUGCGGGGGCAGCCGGGCCGACGCCAUCGAGCCUCGCUACUACGAGAGCUGGACGCGGGAGACCGAGUCCACCUGGCUGACCAACACCGACUCCGAGAGCCCGCCGGAGCCCGGCGGCGCCGAGCCCGGCAGCAGAGAGCCGGGCGCGGGGAGAGCCGGUAUUUUGGAGGAUGGCAAAUCAACUCAGACAGGAGGAACCACAACACCAGCCACCACAGGGAUUCUGAGCACUGAGAAGAGGACCAUCAGUGGGACCCAGUGCGUGAACGCCACAGGAGCUGGGCCACCACGGCAGAGCAGCUUCCGAGCAGCAGAGAAUAAACGGGACACACAGAAAAUGUCAACGAAAGAAGUCACCAUUAAUGUCUCAAAAACCAUCAGACCCAGUGACAGAAGGAUGACAAAGAAUUGUGUCAAUUAACAAAGGAACACAAGAGUGAGGAUGGACCUAAGAAUCUUCUGCUGCACUUUACAUAUGGUCAGUCACUGAUGAUCUGAAGAUCUCCAGAUAUACUGUGUUGGAUACAGCAGGCAGCUGCUGCUGAGUGCCUUCAGAAUCAUGUUUUGUAGAAAACAGCUGCAGACACUGCAGGGUGUUCAGAUGGCAUCUGUCUGCAGUGGUGGCACCGUGCAGACAAACAUUGACAUUUGUGUCAUUUGUUCUUUACUAAGUGCUAUGUGGGCUACUCAUGUGUUCUGUUCUGCAUUGCUAGAAAGAUGAGACUGGAGGAUAAUGGGAAUUGCUUAUUCUGGUUU